AUGGCUUUAGAACCCAUUAAUUACACUACUUACUCUAGAGAGAUUGAACAGGAAUACUUGAAAGUUGUCCGCGGAGUUGAUGAAGAUACAACAUGGUUGAUAAUUUCGCCAAACACAAAGAAGGAAUACACUCCUGAAUAUGUUGGGUCGGAUUUCAGUGAAUUCUUGUCGAUGUUCGAAGAAACAAAAGUUCAAUUCGGUUUGGCUCGUGUUUCGCCUCCAGGAUCUGAUGUCAAGAAAUUAAUAUUAAUUGGCUGGUGUCCAGAUCUUGCUCCUUUGAAGAUGAAGGCUUCGUUCGCCGCAAAUUUCGGGACUGUAGCUAAUCAGUUAUUGAAGGGUUAUCAUAUCCAAGUUACCGCGAGAGAUGAAGAUGAUUUGGAUGAAGCAGAACUAUUACAAAAAAUUAGUAACGCAUCUGGUGCGCGUUAUUCUAUCCAAAUGAAUGAUAAGAAGCCAGUGAACAGGCCUGCAAACUCGAAUCGUAACUUCGCGAAGCCUGUACCAGGCCCUGCGCCACAGCGCGAACGUAACGUUGGAACUGAAGCCGCAUCUCCUGUCACAGCCGCCUCAAAUGUCAAGAGCACAAGUGCUGGUCCACCCCAGCCUACCAAAAAGCCUGUUUCAAAUGAUGUCGAUGACUGGGAUGAACCCGAAGUUGAGGAGCGCGAUUUUCAUGAGAAGCCUUUAAAGCCAAGUGCUUCAAGUUACAGACCAGUAGGAAAAAUAGAUCUUCAAAAGGUCAUUGCCGAAGAGAAAGCAAGAGAAGAUCCGCGCCUGGUAAGUGCUAUGCAUGUUUCCAAAAAAAUAGCACCACAGGACGAUAUUACCAAUCUGAAGGAACAAUCUAAGCUAAAAAGAGAUCAAGAAAUGUCAGCAUUCUUGGGUACUAAACCUUUAAAGGCUGGUCCUGCUCCACAAAAAAAUGACGAUAUGACAAUUAAAGGUUUCAAAAAUGAGAAAACCCCCGCUCAAUUAUGGGUAGAAAAGAAAGCUGCGGAAGCGGCAGCUGCAUCAGGAUCUAAGUCAACGCUCUAUGGAAAUUUGCAACAAGAGCAGGAGCCUCAACAGUCAAAAUCUGAUGUUCAAGAUUACAAUGAGGAGGCUGAUGUUAAUGAUCUAAAAUCUAAAUUUGAAAAGUUAUCUUCUAAUGCUGAACCUGCGAUUAUAACUCCAAAAAGAGUUGAUGAAACACCAAUUCCGAAGGAGGAUGUAUACACCGCGGUGAAAUCUGAUACAUCGCAAUUUGGCAGGCCUUUGCCUGGAAUGCAUGUCGAAGUUUCAAAUGAGGAGAAUGAAGAAGUUGAUGAGGAAGAUGAGUGGGAUGAAGAAGAAGCCUCGCCAGCGCCUGCGCUUCCCUCAAGGUCUUCAUAUAUAAGCCAGGAAGAGAAGCAGAAACAACCAAUCCAAAAGGAAGAACCUGUCGAAGAAGAACCUGUCGAAGAAGAACCUGUCGAAGAAGAACCUGUCGAAGAAGAACCUGCCGAGGAAGAACCUGCCGAGGAAGAGCCGAUUGAAGAAGAGCCACCUUCUUUACCUUUAAGAAAUUUCCCACCACCUCCUGCAAGAAAAUCGGUCGAGCCUACUAAGCCAGCUCUACCAUCAGCUAUCGCAACUUACGACUACGAAGCUGGAGAAGAAAAUGAACUGACGUUCAAGGAGAAUGAUAGAAUAAUCCAUAUAGAUUUUGUCGACGAGGACUGGUGGCUCGGGGAGUUGGAAGAGACGGGAGAAAAAGGUUUAUUUCCUAGUAACUAUAUAACUCUUGAAAACUAG